CCCGUGGUGUGUGGCUCUGUUCAGCUGCAGAAUGAAGAGGAGCCGGGCGAGGCCGUGCCCGUGGUGAACGAUGCCCCUCCGCCCUACAGCAAGCCUGGGGAAUGGGGCUCACUGGAAGUCACCUGGAGCACUGCUCGUUCCCAGCACGGUGUUCUUACACAAGUGCUGAGUUCCCCCGUGUGUCCCUGUUUUUGUGCAGCUUAUUUUGACUACAAGGAUGAGUCAGGGUUCCCGAAGCCGCCGUCCUACAACGUGGCCACCACUCUGCCCAGCUAYGACGAGGCCGAGAGGAGCAAGGCUGAGGCCACCAUUCCCUUGGUYCCUGGCAGGGAUGAUGAUUUUGUGACACGGGAUGACUUUGAUGACACUGACCAGCUGAGGAUAGGAAAUGAUGGCAUUUUCAUGCUGACUUUCUUCAUGGCAUUCCUCUUCAACUGGAUUGGAUUUUUCCUGUCCUUCUGCCUGACUACUUCAGCUGCAGGACGAUAUGGGGCCAUUUCUGGGUUUGGUCUGUCUCUUAUUAAAUGGAUCCUUAUUGUCAGGUUCUCCACCUAUUUUCCUGGUUACUUCGAUGGCCAGUACUGGCUUUGGUGGGUCUUCCUUGUACUAGGUUUUCUGCUGUUUCUCAGAGGAUUUAUUAAUUAUGCAAAGGUUAGGAAGAUGCCAGAUACGUUUUCCACUCUCCCAAGAACCAGAGUUCUCUUUAUUUACUAAAGAUGUUUUCUGGCAAAUGUCUUCCUGCAUUAGUGAAAUCCCCCCCAAGAAGCAGCAGGACACCUGCAGGAAGUGAAUCAAGGCUCUGAAGCAGAAGAAAAAAUAAUCACCUGCUUUAAAAUAAAUAAAUAAAAGUACUGUUGGAAAAAGAAAAAAAAA